GGACAAGACGAGAUAGGAAAUUUACCUGACACCAGCAAACAUGAACACCAUGUCAUCACCCAGAAUAUUACCGUCCCACCUUCACGCAUUCGCCCCGGGUUCUGCCAACGGCAAUACCGUGCGGGUGCUGGGGCAAAUCACCACGGUGAGCGGGGAACAAGCGACUCUGACCUGCGGAUCUGAUGGUGUAACGAUCCUCCUGUCGAGAGAGUCCCACGUGUCGGUCGGGUCCAUGUUCGAAGUUGUCGGCAAAGUAAUCAACCUAGAUGGCGGACAAGGUCUAGGAUUGCGAGUCCUGAAUGCGACGGAAUGGCCGAGAAACGAAAAUGGACAAUUGCCUGAUAUCAAGUUGUUUGAGGCCGUGGUCGAUGUGACUCAUCGUUAUAAGAGCAUCUUCUACGGAGAGAACGAGAAUGGCAUGGACGGGGGAUAUUGAGAUGACGCAUGAAAUCAGCAUAAUGAGAAACGACUGCGAGCUCGACUGAUGUGCAACCUAAAUAGGAACACAGAGUCUGAUGGGAGACCUAGUGUGACCACUCAACACGUCUCUACCGGAAAGUCUCGCACAAAAAGAUCACGGUGUGGAUGAUUACUACGGGCGUGCCGGCGCUGCAUAGUUCCAAUGCUGUGAGAGCCGAUCUCGGAC